AUGGGAGCUGACGUGAGAAGAACCCCCACCAAUGUUCCAUUUGAUCAUCCUAGUAGUCACAUCAGCCUGGCAAAAAAACUGCAGAAAGAAGUACCAGAUUCAGUAAUACUUGACCAGUACAGCAAUAUAAAUAACCCUUUAACUCACGAAAUAACUACAGCAACCGAAAUCUUACAGGCAACAAACAACGGAGCAGAUAUCGAUGUCGUGAUCAUUGGAGCAGGAACGGGCGGUACAGUAUCCGGGGUAGGUAGGGCAAUCAAAAAGGCGGCCCCUCAUGUCAAGGUAGUUGCUCGAGCUAUGAUCAUUGCUGUUGAUCCUUUCGGGUCUUCUUUGGCACUCAAGAAAAAAGGCCACACCAAAGUUUCUAAAAGCAUGUAUCUCGUAGAAGGCAUUGGAUACGAUUUCAUCCCAAAUACUUUGGAUUAUUCCUCGAUCGAUGAAUGGGUUAGUGUCGAUGAUAAAGACUCAUUUACCAUGGCAAGAAGGCUGAUAAGAGAGGAAGGGUUAUUAUGUGGAGGGAGCAGUGGCUCUGCUGCACAUGUUGCCAUGGUGGUUGGAAAGAACCUUUCAUCGAAGCAGACCAUUCUAAUCAUUCUCCCAGAUUCGGUCAGAAACUAUAUGUCAAAGUUCAUAAAGGAUGACUGGAUGGCAUACCAUCAAUUUAUAAAUCCCAUCCAAGUAAGCAUGAACAGCUCUUUGGAAGAAUCCAAUAUUCCUGAGCCAUUUUCGUAUGUUGAGAAAGAUAGUCUGGUACGAGCUGCAAAUGUUAUUUACCGUAGACAUCAAUUAACACAUGUUUUCGCCAAUUUUUCAAACAUGAAAAUGCGCCACAAGGCUCAUUUCAUUCCAGGACGCGUUUCAAUGCUUGGCCCAGGGGCUAGAGGCUCCGCUCAAGCCAAUAAGCCAAGACCUUUUGGUUUCUGGAAAAACUUCCAUCCAAAUGGCAAUCCAAAUGCUGAUCAAGAGUAA